UGAAGACGCGCAUUGGCUCACAGUCUCGUCAAUAUCGCUGGCAGACUUCCUUCAAUAUUAUAUGUAGGAGAGCAGGGUAAAAGUACCAAUGAAAGAAAAAAUGUUGCCGAUCCACAACAAGGCUGGGACGGACUGAAUGGAGGCAGCGCUGUCAGCGGGGGGAGAUAAUAAAUCAGUCUGCAGUCAAGCCCGACACUCACCGAGCUGCUUGUUGAGUUCUCCGUAGACGUCCAGCCCUCGGCCUCCCCAUGCCUCCAUCUCCCCUCGACGACAGAAUUGUGGUGGCGCUGCCAAGGCCGAUCCGACCUCAGGAACUCCAACUGCGCCUGGACACCAGCUACCUGGACUCAGUCACCAGCAGCAGCAGCAGCGACACAGUCAUCAGCACCACCGUGGUGAAGAUCCGGGCGACGGCCAAUCUUGUGACGUAUAUGCCCUCAUCCAAGGGCUCCACGCGCUCGUUGUCGUGUGGAUGCAGCAGUGCCAGCUGCUGUUCUGUGACUACCUAUGAGAAGGACAGCCAGAGCCUCGGCCACAGCCAGGUGAGCGCCAGCAGCCCCAACCUCAGCUAUGCCGGGCCGCCCACGCCGAUGGUCGGCAAACAUGAAGCGCUCAGCACUCCCAGCCUCACCCAGGGCCAGCUGAAGCCCCUAGCUUCCCUGAGGGUCAUCCACCCCAAUGAGCUGGCCAAGCGGAUGACCUGCUGCCCGCUGGGGCACCCCAUCGGGCCUGUCCCCGUCAUCAUCGACUGCCGGCCCUUCUUGGAGUACAACAAGAGCCACAUCCGCGGGGCUGUGCACAUCAACUGCUCCGACAAGAUCAGUCGGCGCCGGCUGCAACAGGGCAAGAUUACUGUGCUGGACCUCAUCUCCUGCCGCGAGGGGAAGGACUCCUUUAUGGGCAUUUUUUCCAAAGAGAUUGUGGUUUACGACGAGAGUACCACAGACCCCAACAGGCUGACAUCUGCGCAGCCUCUGCAUGUGGUCCUGGAAUCACUGAGGAGGGAGGGCAAGGACCCCAUCGUCCUCAAAGGAGGCCUUAGCUGCUUCAGGCAGAGCCAUGAAAACCUGUGCGAGCACUCGCUGCACCUCCACGAGGGUUUGGAAACGGGCGCGUCUGCCGGCCUGACGGGGCCUCUACCUCACUCCCUGCCCUCCACGCCGGACAUCGAGAACGCAGAGCUCACCCCCAUCCUGCCCUUCCUCUACCUGGGGAACGAGCACGACGCUCAGGACCUCCACCUGCUGCAGCGCAUGAACAUCGGCUACAUCCUCAACGUCACCACCCACCUGCCUCUCUACCACUACGACACCGGCCUGUUCAACUACAAGCGCCUGCCGGCCACCGACAGCAACAAGCAGAACCUGCGGCAGUACUUCGAGGAGGCGUUUGAGUUCAUCGAGGAAGCACACCAAGCAGGUAUGGGCCUCCUGAUCCACUGCCAGGCGGGCGUGUCGCGAUCUGCCACCAUCGUGAUCGCCUACCUGAUGAAGCACAGCUGGAUGACUAUGACCGAUGCCUACAAGUUUGUGAAAAGCAAAAGGCCCAUCAUCUCGCCAAACCUCAACUUCAUGGGCCAGCUGCUGGAGUUCGAGGAGGACCUCAACAAUGGAAUAACGCCACGGAUCCUCACGCCGAAGCUGAUCGGCGUGGAAACCGUCGUCUAGACGAGCCGCUCGACCCAACGCUCUUUGCUGUGACUCUGGCUGCUGUACAAACCGGUUGGAGGUGACAAAGAGAGACGGUGUGUGUGUGUGUGUAUUUUAUUUAAAAACCUCCUCAACUUCGUCUUGGAGUCUCUUGAGAUCGCGACCUCUUGGUUGAUGAUGAGAGAUGGCGAAGCCAGGAGGAGGCGGCGAAUCAGGUGGGGAAGGAGGGAGGAAGAAAAUCAAUUGUGCUUUGGCGCAGUUACAUAUAAAAAGGGACUGAGGCACACAGUUUGCAGACUCAGGCAGGGUUUGCCACAGCAGUGCCUGUCUAAAUAUAAAAAAAAUAAUAAAAGAUAAAAGAUAAGGACUUGUUUGGCGUGUUAAUCUUGUUGUUCUAUUUUUAUACUGGGAUUUUAAGGGGAUGACCAUGACAAGCCAACAAAGGCUUACUGUGCAAUAAUUUCCGCUGAAUGCAACCUUGAUCUUAUGUGUGUAUAUAUUGGUAAUGAUCAAGAAAAAAAUAUUUCCAGCUCUUUGCUGAAGAACCAUUUUGAUUAUAAUGUAACAACUGUUCAGCUCUAUAUGUGUUUAUGGUGCAUACAGUAAUGCUGUAAGAUUUGGCGCUGAUCUGUGCGAGAACCAGAGAAGAAGAAGGAGGAAAAGAAGAAGAAGAAGAAAAAAAAAGGUUUUACUUUAAGUGCAGCUUAUGGGAUUUUGUUUGCUGAAGCAUAACUUCAUAUCUUGUGUGCUCGCUUCAGCGUGUUGGUUUUGCCAUUCGUGCGUCCGCGUAUAUUUUUAGCAAUACGCAUACUACCAGACAGCCAUAAGAGCUCUUUUUAUGCAUGGCUGCUGGUGGAGAAGAAGAAAAAGAAGAGAGAGAGAGAGAGAAAGAGAGAGAGAGAGAGAGAACGAGCGCUGAAAUAAUCGGGGAAUAUCAUAAAACAGGGCUACUGCUGAUGUUUAAUGUAACACAAGGGAGGAUUUUCACUGCCUGCUUCUGUCUCCUCUGUUUGUUUUUGCUCCACUUCAUCCAUUAGCCGGCUCUGUUGCACUGUACCUCACCGUGCGCCGUCUCUGUCCACUCGCAUCCAAUAUUCUUGGCAAUGCCCCGCGUUCCCAGCUAUCACUCAGCCAAGUUCUACGGUAGCAACGUUGAGGUGUGUGCUUCAAAUAAACACAAAUGUCCUGUUGUGGAGUUCAGUUUAUCGUGACAGCAGUGGUGCAGCAGAGCGGCGUAACCUUUGGGAGGAUUUGUUUUGAGCUGCCUGCUGCUGCUUCAGUGCCUCUACUGAUGCCUUAACUCAACUGCGUUGAAAACGAUGGCAUGCAAAAACAAAAAGCACUAAUAACUGAACGAACGUCACAUAAGGGAAUAUAAUUUUAUAAUUUUCUUUUUGGUUCUUUUUGGUUUGCAUUUUGCCAAGGUAUCACUUUCAGAGAAAGUUGAGGUCAUAUUAGGAAAAAUAACAACAAACAUCUUAUUUCUUAAUGCAAAUUUAGUUUGGUAAUUUGUAGAGCCAAUGUUUCUGGUCAAAUAAGAUAAAACGAAAGCGACAUAAAUUUUUUUUAGAAGAUUUAAUUGUAACUUUGAGCCACUAGUGGUGGCAUUUUUUUAUUUUUUAUUUAUUUAUUUUUUUUUAAGAGAGAAAUAGCAUCAAUUUAAUAUUAAACAGGACUUGGGGUAAACGUACAAACAUUUUCUAUUUUUCUCCCACUCACCUUUGAUCCAUAUUAAACAUGUACAGAACCUUCCACAUUUUCUUCUCCUUGUAAUAAUUUAUAAAUAAACUUUAUGACAAGUUCCUUUUAUGUGGUGGCGGCAAAAUACCACUACAUAAAUGAUUUAAAAGAACACAGCUUUUAAUUUUAAUACUUUUAUUAUGCAGGGAAAAAUCCAGUGUCAACACAAAAUUGGGGUAAUCACAAACUCAGUUGCAACAGCAAAUGGUAGCCAUAAAUAUUCCAGUUGAAUAAAAGUCAGUAAUGCAAAUUCGAUGCAGCUUUUUCCUCAUUUUCUAAGUUGAUCAGAGUGUCUGGGAACUUUUAGUUUUAAGUCCACAGCUUUCUGCUGCACAGGUGCAUAGAUACGACAUAGAUUAGUGUUUUAAGACGAGAGGAGAUGCUACUUAAGAAAGGCAUAUAUGUGUGUUUUUUUUUGUGUCGGGAAAUUAAAAUGAGGCAAUUGCUCCGCGCCAAAGAGAACAACAAUUAAAAAAUGUAAAAUGACUGAAGUUGUGAAGAAAAAAGCAGGACAAGGUUUAUAUUGCAGCUACACUCAGUGAGGUAACAGAGGUAUAAAAAUAAUAAAAACCUCCAAAGCUAGAAAAGAUUGCCAUCUUAGGACCACCAAAUCAUUCUAACAAUUUAUUGUGAGAAAAGGAAAACGUACUGAAUUACCGAUUAUCCACUUUGCAGAAAACUACUUUACUCCGCACUGCUUAGAUGUUAUGUUAAUUUACUAUAUUUCAUUCGAAUAGUGCAAACGUGCAGAAGAUGUUUGAAUCCACCAUAUUAGAGCUGGUCUGUUGAAACCUAUAAGAAAUUUUGUCAAAUGAAAUCAACAUCCAUGGUGGGAGAUUAAAUGCCAUUGUAGAGUCUAACCAAAGUUUCUUUCGUGCUCUAUUUCUUUUGUUUUUUGAGUUAUUGAUUCAAGAUUACAUUAUAGGCUUGUGACACAAAUGACAGUACUGUAAAUGGCCAACUUUAUGCCAUUUCCAACGUCUGCAUAAAGCAGAGCACAAACUUUAUACAUGUUUUUAAGGAAUCUGUGUGUAUUGUUAAAAAAAACAACAAAAAAACAAGCAUUUAAACACUUAUGAUCCGAGUUGUCUGAAGCCUUUCUGUUCAGGCCCAAGCUUUCCAAAACAUCAGGAGUAGUUUUUCCUCUUAGGUGAGAGAGAAACAAAAAAAAUCUUCAUUUUAGAGCGACUCCAAAGCUGAACUGAAGCAGCCUCUUCGUACGCUGUCCCUACUCUGUUUAUGUCCGUCAGUCGUCCACAGCAAGGCAUAAAAUGAAGCACAGGGCUAACAAUAACUUUGACAAGGUGCCAAAACCAUCAUCUGUUUUGCAAUCCACCCACUGCAUCAUCCAUUACAUCCAAUUGAAUCCAAUAGUUUAGAAAAGAUCAUCUGUUGUUUGUGAGCAGGAAGAAAGAUUGUACAAGUACGUGAUGUCUGUUCAAGAUGGCUUCGAGACAGAGAACUGCAACAAAAAAAUAAUCCCUCGUGAAAAAUCAUGCUAUGCAAAAUGAAAUCGUCACAGGAUGUUUCCAACUAUCAGUUGGGAGAUUUGGAUUUUCUUUGUAAAAGGGAAAAAAAAUAAUCAAGUCUGUCUUGUUUUUGUUGCUGUCAUCACUUGUCUACUGGUGCUCCACAAUGAAUCUGAGUUUAUAAACACCAUAUAUGCUAAUAACCAUUUAGAGGACAUGCAUCUUAUGCAUCUGUGCUUAAAAAAAAAAAAUAGAUGGCAUACAAAAUGUCUGAGCUGGCACAAAACGAGAUACAAGGAUGUUUUCAUUGAACCUGCUGGUUCCUGCAACUUUCAGUAGCAAACGGCUUUUUUUUUAUUUUUAUUUUUUAUUUUGUUCAAUUGAUCUCUGACUGAAAAAUCGGACUUUCCUCCCUUACUGGAGAGGAAGCGUGCUGUGUGCUUCUGCUCUCUGAGGGUCGUAAUGGUGCUCUUCGUCUUUCAUACGCCGUUCUUUCUGUGGAGGUCACGUCCUCACUGACGGCUCCAAAAAGGCAUCCGCUCCCGUUCGUUUGGAAACAAGGUUCUGAAUUAGGACGACAUCGAGCCGUCACGUUCGACGCGGCCUCUUUUCGACUCGGACUUGUUCAAGAGUUUCUGCUUUGGGCUUGGACGCUCUGGUGGAUUUGGGCUUUGCUCUUAAGAGUCACUGUAUAUUUCUCUGUGUCUGUAGUCUACAGUCAAGUAUUUACAGUAUAUGAAUACAUAAAUAUAUAUAUAAAUAUAUCUAUUUUCUUUGUAUGCAUAUAUUCAUUACUAUUUUUGCACUGACUUACUGAGAAAUGGGUUUAUUUUUUUCCACAAAGGGUGCUACUAUACUGGAGGCCUUCUCCCACACCUUUUUGCAUGACUUGCUCAAAAUUCCUCAACUGGUCUGUCAUCUCUCCUCCUUGAACUGUUGCAACUCAAGCACUGUAAUUUUGUAAUCCCUACUUGUGAGCUUUGAAAUAAAGAUGGAAGCUUCAAAUUUG